AAGGGAAGCGUUCAGGGGCUGGCGGCAGCUGAGGCUUUCAGGGCUGACCUGAGCUUGGAAAUCUCUUGGUUUCCAAUUGCCUGCAUUGAGAAAUUUUAAAGGGGCAUCCAGCGACAUCUAGUAAAGGGUCCUGUAAAAGUAUUUUAUUCCCCUGAAAUCUGUGUGAAUAUAAUGCCCCAAAAAGGCUGCAGGUCCUGAGUCUUGGAAACUCUCUGAACUCCAACUCAGAGCUCUUUCUCAGUUUUGUUAUGCAGGCAGAUUACCAUUAUUUUCUUUCAGAAAUGGAAAAGUGUUCUCAAGUUUUAAUAACGUUUCUUCACAAUCUCAUAAAUGAAUGUGUGAUCCAUAGGUGAAUGUUUAAUGCAGCACCUAUAUUUGUUCUUCGAUGUUUACCUCCUCUCUCUAUUGUGAUGGAUAAUUUUUUUUGUUGUUUCUCUGUUCACACAGGGCCAGGUAGUACAAAUGGGCUGAAUAUUUGAAGGAGUGGGCUCUGAUCCCACUUAAAGUGAAAAUUUAAUGGAAUCAGUCUCAGUAUUGUCCUUGGUAGACAACCAUAAGUAUCCUAAAAGCAUUUUACAUUUUGGCUUCUCUUAGGAGACAUAGCACUGCUGCAGAAUAUAGUCUGAAUGCACCUCCAGAGAUGUGUCUGAAGAAAGAUGGAGCUAGGUUCCUUUUAAAUUGUUGAUCAGCUCUUGAUAAACUUGUGUAUAAAUGUAAAUGGUUCACAGCCGUACUGUUAAUCUGCUAUUUUUUCCCCUAAAGGUGACACUACAGAUCUAGAAAAUAGAUUGGGCUCAAAAGCAGUAUUAAUCAAUUAAGCAGGAAGAUUUUAAUGAGUAAAAAAUUCAUACAAGUGGCUGGCAAGGCACCCAGCAUGAACACCAACUGCAAACAUGCACAUAUUUUGCUGCAUGCAGAAUACUAUGGGUUUUUUAUUCAAAUGGUAAGUGUUUAUACUGAUGACUAUAACACCAACAAAGAAGUUUAUAAACAACCAUGAUGGAUUUUCAAAAAAUGUUACUUAGGAAAAUAUUUUUCCAAGUAAUUUUCAAAGGAGCUGUAUUUAAAUGUUUUUUCCAAAAAAAAAGGUUUUUUUCUUCAUUUGCACCUGAGAACUGAGAUUGAAGCUGACUAGAUGAGAAAUGAAGUGAUUUUGUUUCAUUAUCAAAGAUUGAAAUGGAUAAAAAUGAAUAGUAAAAGAAAUACUGAAUGCAUCUGAGAUUUUUCAGAAAAUAAAAGGUGAGGUGUGAAGAUGAUAUUUUGAGAUGUAAAUUAGUAUCUUUGUUUUGGCAAUCUCUAGGUGAAAGCUGUUGUUUUAGAUCCAAGAAAUGACUUUAAUAUUGAUCGAAUCCUUACAGAAAACAAUAUGCAGGAUCUUAUCCAGAUGAUUUACUCAGUGAGCAGCAGCAUGUUCUGGAAGGAAAACUGGCUCCUAUGGUCAGAGCUAUCACAGAGGCUGGUGCACGUGCACAAGAAGAAAGAGAGAAUAUGUAUCAAAAGAUUGUUACCUAUGUGCUGCUGAGAUCUGGCCUGGGAGCCCCAACAGAUAUUGAGGCUGUCAGGGAGGUAACAGCUGCCUUGCAGAGUGUAUUCCUCCAGGCAGAGAUGAUUACUUUCAUCCCACUCAGUAAGAAGGACAAAGAACAACAGCUGAAAGAUCUUGCCAUGCUAGUCACAGGAAUUCGUUUGUACAACAAGCAGUGCCAGAAAGGAGGAAGCGGCAUUGAGGACUUGCCAGCCAUCCUGAAUGAAGCCAUUCCGUCAGCUACACAGACUGUCGAUGAACGUCUGAAUUCCUGCCAGCUGCUAGCCCACCAGUACACAGCCCUGCUGGAAUCCAUGCAGGAAGACCCCCACAGAUAUUCCCGGCUUAGUACUUUUAAAUUAAAAGAAGCACUGUUCAAUGUGAGACAGUACGAAAGCUUCCUAAGCAUCCUUCUGUCUGAUGCAAUUACAAAUGCUCAAGAAGUUGAAUCAUUGGGUGUUCAGGUUGAAGCAACAAUGAUGGUACUGAAAAACAGAAUGCAGGAUAAGACUUCCAUAGAGUCCAAAGACGUUUUUCCUCUGUUUAUGGAACUUUCUAAGCUUUGGACCGGCUUUCAGGAUGCAAAACUACUGCUAAGCUUCCUCACAAAUAUGACUGACAAUCUGCAACAAUUCUUGGAAAUCCAAUCACAGCUUUUUCCAGAGGAAAUGCUAACACGUUUUCUGGAAGGAGUGACUGUGAAAAGUGAUGAGGAAAGGAUAAAAGAAACCAUGGAAACCAGAGUGAAUGUUUCUGAUUUCAAGAACCAAGAAUGGCUUUUUCCAGAGACUACUGAUGAUUUUGAUGAGUUGCUAAUCCAGUACCAUGGUUUCUGUGCACAUUCAAUUGGUGUGAAAGGUCUCACCCUAGUAGGAAAUCCUGCUAUUGGAAUUUUGAAGCACAAGGAGAAAUGUUAUGUUUUCAGUUCAAAAGAAGCUGCAUACAUCUUUGCUCAAGAUCCAGAUAAGUUCAUUCAAUUGAAUGUAGAAAAAGCAAAAGAAUAUCCAGAGCUAAUUCAACUGCUUGAGCUCCAUCAUCAGUUUGAAUACCUUGUUCCACAUGCACAGGCCAGAAAUGCAAGCAAAUAUUCGAUGAAACCACCCCCAAAGCGUGACAGUGGUACUCAAACUGAUACUCAUAUCUUGCCUCCAACUAUUGUGAGAUCCUAUGAAUGGAAUGAAUGGGAACUGAGAAGAAAAGCUAUAAAAUUGGCCAAUUUGCGCCGCAAGUUAACUCAUGCCAUGCAGACUGAUCUCAGCCACAUGAGAAGAGAGAAUGUCACCCAAGUGUACUUGCCAAAAGAUGUCGGCACCCAGACUAAGCGUGACAACGCAAGCAAUGUACCCAAACCCCAGAUUUUCCUGAAGGGUCUCCGAGGAGGAUCAUCUCCCACUACUCAUAUGAUUGCAGUAGAUUUAACAAGACCACUGGAUGAAACCUAAGUGAAAAUGAGAAACCUGAAGAUACAUCUUCAAUGUGUAUAUAAAAAUCCCUGAAUAUAUUCGAAUUUAGACACUAAA